CUCGCACCCGAUCCUAACCCCACAGCUUCAUCACAGAUCGGAGAAGAAGCGAAACAAACCCAAAAGGAAAAGGAAGGCGCAGAGAAGAGAGGAGCGAUGCCGCGUCGCAACGAGAAGCUUCUCCACCCUCUGUUACUCGUCUCUUUCCUCCUCCUCCUCCUCCGCCCGCUCUCCGUCGCCGGCCGGAUUUCCGUCCUUGUCCUCUCGCAAGAAGACCUCCAGGACUCCCUCCCCUCCCCCGCCGACGAAUCCGAUUCCUCUUCCGCCUCCGAAUGGGACGACUCCGACGACUCCGAUUCCAAGUCCGAGGAGGAGCUCGACCCGGGCUCCUGGCGCCCGAUCUUCGAGCCGGACUCGGUCGCCGCGGCUUCGGACCCCGCGACAGAGGAAGAGGCUCUUUAUUACUCAGGCGUCAGAAAAAUGAUGGAUGGCAUGAGUUUCGGGGACCCCAGGGUGGUGGACGAGGCCGCCUCCGAGAUCGAGGCUGCGGCCGCCGCGGGGUACCCCCACGCACAGUCUAUUCUAGGGUUUCUGUACAGUAUGGGGAUGACUAGGGCACGGAACAGAGCGAAGGCGUUCUUGUACCAUAACUUUGCUGCCGACGGGCGGAACAUGCAUUCGAAGAUGGCUCUGGCGUUCACGUAUUUUCGGCAAGAGAUGUUCGAUAAAGCAGUCAACCUAUAUGCUCAACUAGCAGAAGUGGCCGUGAAUAGUUUUCUAAUCUCAAAGGACACACCGGUGAUUGAACCAGUUAGGAUCCAUAAUGGAGCAGAGGAGAACAAGGAAGCCCUAAGGAAGUCCCGAGGGGAGGAGGAUGAAGAUUUCCAAAUCAUGGAAUAUCAGGCACAAAAAAGGAAUGCCAUAGCGAUGUAUAGAAUUGGGAUAAUGUACUACUUUGGGUUGAGAGGAGUUAGACGUGAUCAUGCCAAGGCAUUGUCAUGGUUUCUGAAGGCUGCAGAGAAGGGUGAACCAAAGUCCAUGGAACUUCUUGGAGAGAUAUAUGCAAGAGGAGCUGGAGUUGAAAGAAAUUACACUAAGGCAUUUGAGUGGCUUAAACUUGCAUCCAAACAUCAACUUUAUUCCGCUUAUAAUGGAAUGGGUUAUUUAUAUGUCAAGGGUUAUGGAGUGGACAAGAACUACACUAUAGCAAAAGAAUACUUUGAUAAAGCUGCUGAUAAUGUGGAAGCUGGUGGUCAUUACAAUCUAGGUGUGAUGUAUCUUAAAGGAAUUGAGGUGAAAAGAGAUGUGAAGCUAGCAUGCAAAUACUUUGUAGUUGCUGCUAAUGCGAGUCACCCUAAGGCUUUUUAUCAGUUGGCAAAGAUGUUACAUACUGGUGUUGGGCUCAAGAAGAAUCUCCCUGCGGCCACAGCAUUGUACAAGCUAGUUGCAGAACAGGGACCGUGGAACUCCUUGUCUAGAUGGGCGCUAGAAUCAUACUUGAAAGGUGAUGUAGGGAAGGCAUUCUUCUUGUACUCAAGGAUGGCUGAGUUAGGUUAUGAGGUGGCACAAAGUAAUGCUGCAUGGAUUCUUGACAAAUUUGGGGUACGUAGUAUGUGCAUAGGAGAAUCAGGUUUAUGCAGUGAUGCUGAAAGGCAUCAGCGUGCACAUUCUUUGUGGUGGCAAGCUUCUGAGCAGGGUAAUGAGCAUGCUGCUUUGUUGAUUGGGGAUGCAUAUUACUAUGGCCGGGGUACUGAGAGAGAUUAUGACCGUGCUGCAGAGGCUUACAUGCAUGCUAGAUCCCAAUCCAAUGCACAAGCCAUGUUCAACCUUGGAUACAUGCACGAACAUGGUGAAGGACUUCCAUUUGAUCUUCAUCUUGCAAAGCGCUAUUAUGAUCAGGCACGAGAGCUUGAUCCUGCAGCAAAGCUGCCUGUCACACUGGCUCUUGGUAGCUUGUGGAUUAGAAAGAACUAUGCAGACAGUUUCCUGGUUAAUCUGAUUGACUCGCUGCCUGAAGUAUUUCCUAAAGUGGAAGCAUGGGUGGAAAAUGUGAUAAUGGAGGAAGGGAAUGUAACCAUACUCACUCUCUUUGCCUGUCUACUAACAGUCCUUUACUUGCGGGAGCGCCAACGCCGACAUGCUAUUGCUGCUGCGGGGGAUGCUGCCCUGCCACAGCAACCCAACGAUCAUGUUCCACCGAUGGCCAACUGAGAGGAUGUUGCAACAAGAUGUAUAGUUGUAAGGUUUCUAUGUAGCCUAGGAGUAGCCAUUUUUUGCUUUCUCUUUAUCAUACAAGGGUUGAGGAGACAGAGAAAUAACCUUUUGCCUAGCAUGCCAAGAACUUGUAUUUGUUAUAGGCUUGGCACACUGAGCCUUGGUCAUGGAAAAAAAGGUCCCAACUAUUCUUUUCCUUUAUUUUUUUGGGGGGCUUUUCUAAGUAUUUGUACUAUGGUUGCAAGUGAUCGUUGUUAACAAAGAUCCGAAAGCAUCAGUUACAAAUUACAUAUGCACACGUGAAGUAGAGAUCAAGGGCAUAUUUGGCCACUAGAAAUUUGUACUCAGAACAUUUGACCAUAAUUAGGCAGUCAUAUUGAACUUUUA